AUGGAGACGAGCAGGAGCAGCGGCGGCGGCGGGGCUGUCAGCGCGCGCGUUGGGCACCGCGCGUCCGCGGGGGGCUGCAGGAGGAAGGAGGCGGCCGGGGCCGGGACCCUCUCGGCAGACAUGGACUUGCAUUGUGACUGUGCCGCCGAAACGCCGGCCUCGGAGCAGCCGUCGGGCAAGAUUAAUAAAGCCGCCUUCAAAUUAUUCAAGAAGAGGAAAUCGGGUGGCACCAUGCCCAGCUUUUUUGGGGUCAAAAACAAAGGGGAUGGGAAGAGCUCGGGUCCCGCGGGCAUGGUGCGGAGCAGGACGCACGACGGCUUAGCCGAGGUGGUGGUGCUGGAGGGCGGCAGGAAGGAGGAGCCGCGCGGCGGUGGCGGUGGCGGUGGCGGUGGCGGUGGCGGUGGCGGUGGCGGGGCUCGGCCCAACCCGGCGCCCCUGAGAGCGGCCGGGGGCGGCGGCAGCAGCAGCGGCGGCGGCGGCUCCCUGGCCCCCAGCAGCUCGGUGGCCAAGUCGCACAGCUUCUUCUCCCUUCUGAGGAAGAACGGGAGAUCGGAGCCCGGCCGCGGGGAACCGGCCGAGGCGAGCCAGGCUGGCUGCAAACAAAAGAAGGGGCUGAGAGGGCUCUUCAGCAGCAUGCGCUGGCCCAGGAAGGACAAGCGCGGCAAGGAGGAGGAGGAGAAGAAGGGCGCGCGCGCGGCCGGCGCCGGCGGCCUCAUCCUGCCCGGCUCGCUCACCGCCAGCCUGGAGUGCGUCAAGGAGGCAACGCCCGGGGCGGCGGCGGCGGCAGCCGCGGUGCGCGAGCCUCUGCAGAGUCCGGGCCCGGACGCCCCGCGGGACGCAGCAGGUGAGCUCGGAGGGGGAGGAGAGGCGGCCGCCGGAGCCCAGGGCGCCCCGGCGCGCACCUGCCGCGAGGCCCCGAGCCCCGCGCGGGGAGAGCAGCCCGGGGCGCCCGUCUCACCGGGGCCCGGCGAGCUGCACGCGGCCGAGGACGCAUCGAGGACAGGUGACGUUCCGCUCCCGACGGCCCCGCUGGCGGACUCCGAGUGUGGCCGCGGCCCUGCGCGCGCCGUCCCCGGCCCUUCCUCCUCCUCCUCCGCCGCCGCCGACCCGCCCGCAGACCCGUCGGCCGAGCGUAUUUGUCUCAUGUUUUCUGACGUGACUUCACUGAAAAGCUUUGACUCUUUUACAGGCUGUGGAGAUAUAAUUGCAGACCGGGACGACGAGGCGGGGGCCAGCUGCGACAGGCAUGGCCCCGGGCCUGGCAAGCCAGUGGCCUCUAAAAAGACCCCCGGCGUGGUGGCAUACCAAGGUGGAGGGGAGGAGAUGGCCAGCCCGGACGAGGCGGACGACACCUGCCUGCAGGAUUUCUGGGACAUGCUGUCCCAGACGGAGGAGCAAGGACAGGGGCCGGCCGAGGUGGAGGCGACGACAGCGGCCGCGCCGGAGGUGACGCCGGGGCGCUCAGACACCUGCCCAGACGCCGCCGUGGGCACGGAAGCUGCCAAGGAUGUGUCUUCAGUCAAGCGCAGGAGGCUCAACCGGAUGCCCGCCGAACCCCACCCGAAGGAGGAACCCAGGCGCCCGGAGAAGGAGCGGCAACUGGAAGGGGGAGUUCCCAAUGGGGACCAGGGCUCCUGGGACCCCACAACUCCCGGCCCCGAAGGAGGCAGCGCGGGCGGCGGGCCUAAGGCGGCCGUCCCCAGGAACAGCGGGGUAGGCGACGCCGACGCCAGCCCAGCAGCCCUGCCCGCCGGCGAGGAGACGACCUGCACCUCCCGCCUGAAGCCGGUGUCCCCAGGCGCCAUCACCUGUCCACUGCGGACGCCUGGCAGUCUGCUCAAGGACUCCAAGAUCCCCAUCAGCAUCAAGCAUCUCACGAACCUCCCGGCCAGCCAUCCAGCCGUGCACCAGCCGCCGGCCAGGAGCGAGGUGCCCAGAACAAAAAUCCCGGUCUCCAAAGUGCUGGUCCGCAGGGUCAGCAGUCGCGGCUUAGCUGGGACCACUCUGCGCGCAGCGGCCGCGUGCCACGACAGUGCCAAAAAGUUGUGA